GGAGGAGCCGUGCGGGCUUCCUGGCGGGGCAGCGCUGGCGGCGGGCGGGUAUCGCGGCGUGGGCAGGUCCGUGAGAACUUCGCGACUCUGCCCGGGGCGGAGGCGCUGCCGUGUCCGUGAGACGGCAGCCGCCGCCCGCUCGCCAUGGCCGGCCGCCUCGGCCGCGGGAUGUGCUGGGGCAAGCGGGGCCGGGGCUGCCGGGGCGAGGGCGCGCUGUUCGCCCUGGCGCUGCUGGCCGCCCUCGGCUUCCUCGUGUGGCGGCACGGCCCGCCGCCCCGCCACGCCGCCCGCCGCGCCCCGCCGCAGCCGCCGUCCCCCGACUCCGAGCUGCUGCGGCGGCCGGUGUACGCCAAGCCGGCCCUGGACCCGGGGGCGCUGGGGGAGCUGGGCCGGGCGGUGAGGCUGGAGCUGAGCCCGGCCGAGAAGCGCCGCCAGGAGGAGAGCAUCCGCCGGCACCAGAUCAAUAUCUACCUGAGCGACCGCAUCUCGCUGCACCGCCGCCUGCCCGAGCGCUGGCACCCGCUAUGCAGAGAGAAGAAAUAUGAUUAUUAUAACCUGCCAAAAACCUCUGUUGUGAUAGCUUUUUAUAACGAGGCUUGGUCAACACUUCUGCGAACUGUUCACAGUGUUCUUGAGACAUCUCCAGAUAUACUUCUGGAAGAAAUUAUCCUUGUAGAUGACUACAGUGACAAAGAACAUUUAAAGGAGACUUUGGAAAACUACGUGGCUGGCCUACGCAAGGUGCGUCUUAUCCGCGCAAAUAAGCGAGAGGGGCUGGUUCGAGCCCGGCUGCUGGGGGCAUCUGUGGCGAAAGGAGACAUCCUAACGUUCCUGGACUGCCACUGUGAGUGCCAUGAGGGCUGGCUGGAGCCACUGCUGGCAAGGAUUGCUGAAGAAGAAACAGCUGUUGUCUGCCCUGUCAUUGAUGUUAUUGACUGGAACACAUUUGAGUACUUGGGAAAUGCUGGUGAGCCACAGAUUGGUGGAUUUGAUUAGCGGCUAGUCUUCACUUGGCACAGUACCCCUGAAAGAGAACAAAAACGGAGGAAGUCCAAGACUGAUGUGAUCAGGUCUCCAACCAUGGCAGGUGGAUUAUUUUCUGUGAGCAAGAAGUAUUUUGAUUAUCUUGGUUCCUAUGACACAGGAAUGGAAGUCUGGGGAGGAGAAAACCUUGAAUUCUCAUUUAGGAUAUGGCAGUGUGGAGGAAGUCUUGAGAUCCAUCCUUGCUCUCAUGUAGGUCAUGUUUUCCCCAAACAAGCUCCAUACUCGCGGGCCAAAGCUUUGGCGAACAGUGUGCGUGCAGCUGAAGUGUGGAUGGAUGAAUAUAAACAACUUUAUUACCACCGAAACCCACACGCUCGCCUGGAACCAUAUGGAGAUGUGACAGAAAGGAGACUUCUACGAGAGAAGCUGAAAUGUAAGGACUUCAAAUGGUUCUUGGAGAACGUGUAUCCAGAACUUCACGUACCCGAGGACAGACCAGGAUUCUUUGGAAUGCUGAAGAAUAGAGGAAUGGAAAACUUCUGCUUUGAUUAUAACCCUACAAAUGAACAUCAAAUAACUGGACAGAGGGUCAUACUCUACCCAUGCCAUGGCAUGGGACAAAAUCAGUUUUUUGAGUACACAUCCCAUAAUGAAAUUCGUUACAACACACGACAACCAGAAGUCUGCGCAGCAGUCGAUUCAGGGACUGACUACUUGACGAUGUACUUGUGUCAAGAAAAUGCCCACAGUGUUCCUGAAAACCAGAAGUUUAUUUUCAGAGAGGAUGGUGCCUUGUUUCACCCACAAACCCAGAAGUGCAUACAAGCUGAGGCAAAUGCUUACAAUGGAAACCCAGCACCAUUGUUACGGCCUUGUAGCAACUCGGACUACCAAAAAUGGUUCUUCAAAGAAAGAAGUUGAUCCAGAUGUUGUCUAGGAUAUAGCUGAAUACAAAAAAAAGUGCUCUUUCUAGUCAGCAGUUAGUCAACCUUUUGAAAAUCUCGUAAGUGAUAUAUUUUUGUAUGGAAAGAACUGCAAUUAGUUGACAAGCCUUGGAUCUCGUUUCCUGGAGCUUUAGAAGGCACUAAGUAUUGAGAGCUUCAUAAAGUGCCACAGAAUCUGCUCCUUUUUAUUUGGCAGCUACAUAACUGCUUCUGAAAUGUCUUAGGUUCUUUACGCAAGUGACAUUUUUUUAAUCUACUGUGUGGAAGUAAGGCAGUCAAAAAAAUCACACUAAUGUUAAUCUGCCAAUAACUUAAAAUGUUUAUUUUUCUACUAAAACAUUCUGCAGUUGGGUCUUUUAACAGAUAGUAGUUAAUAAUUAUUCUUGUCUUUUAAAUACCAAGAAGGUAAAUGUAGGCCAUAUUCUGCCCUAAGUGACUACCACAAAGCCCUCACUGAAGACAGUGUGGAUUUACACAUAAAGGCAGAGUAUGUCUGCAUGUUUUUGCACAAAUAACAAUCUAGAUGCAUACAAAUUGCACAUGCUUGACAAUACUGUGCCUUAAAUGGUCUGACAAUUUUAGAUGUUCAUGGCACUUGACAAGUUUCUAAUCAUGCUUAAGAUUGGUUUGGGAGUAAAAUGGAGAUUUUCUCAUCUUUCUUAAAGGCAGAAGGCAACAAUAUUUAAAGGUGAUGCUUUAGGAAAAGCUAUUUAGGUUCAAUAUGGGCCCCAGCUAUGUGGCUGUGUCCUAGAAUGCACAACCAACUUUAACAUUAUGUAGAUUUUCAAUGUGCAUAAAUCUUUCAAGAUAAGACCUACCAAUAAUUAUUUUGUAAAAAUUUCAAAAUUACAGUUAGAGAAAAUGAACUUUGAAAUUUAAAUGUUUAAAUGAUUAAUGUAAAAACUAUUAUAUCUUAAAAAUGGUUUUGCAACUGACUACUGUGAAAUUCAGCUAAUAUUAAUAGAAAAAAUAUUGUCUUUGGAGUAUAACUUGCAUUUUUUUCUGGGAGCUCCUUUUAGAUGAGUUAACCCUACAUGUGGUCUUGUUGAACACAGGGGGUGUAAUCUACAGCAGUACAGGAUAGUUUGUGUCCUGGUGUGUGGGAUCUGCCUUGCCAAAUCGGAUGAGGAGUGUGUGUAUAGCAAUGUACAUGGCCACUGACCAUCAGCAUCACCAUGUUGAUUAGAAGGGUUUCAGCUCAUAAGAAGAGUUUCUUUCCCUGUCAGAUGAAGGAAUGCUUAUGUGUAGAAGGAUGAAAACAUCAACCUUUUUCCCCCCAGAAGUCUGGGCAUCUGUUUUGAUUAGUUUGGUGUGUGUUUUGUUAUUUGCUUUUAUUCAUGUUUUCUAUUAAAAAUGUACAGCCUUUCCUUUGAGUCCCCAUAAGCUCAUGCCAUUUUUGGCAUACCUAUUUAUAUGAUUGGGGGGUGUGUGUGUGUGGGGGGGGUUUCUGCCUGUAGGAGAUACAUAUAUGGGUUCUUAUAAAUCUUUCUUACCCAUGUAGAUAGAAUGUUUUUGUGAGCACCUUUGAAGUUUUGUCUCUGUGGGCUGGACUGAUGAAACUGAUGUUAGAAUUAAUAAAAUAUUUUGUGAUUCAGUAGAAUGGGAAAUGUCUUAUCAACUUUUUUUUUAAUCUUGUGGUCAGUCGUUUUCAUUUAAUAAUUUUUCUGAUCUCUUAGGCCCAGAUCCCUACAGCACUUGGGAGAAGACAGCUUUAUUUUAUGGUGUCUCAAGUUCUGUUUCCUGAACUCAGUAAUGCUUCUGUUUCUGCUUCUGGUAGCAGCAAUGGUUUAUAUUUUGUGGAGCCACAAAUCAAAAGUGAGUGACUGCAUGAGAGAACAGCAAGGAUUUUCUAUUAAUUUCUGCUUUGCCUUCUUGACUGCUGAUUGAACAAUGUUAGUAACUGAUAAAAGCCCAGCUACUAGAAUCACAGCCAAAGCUCCCACUGUCCUCCAUUCUCAGUUAGGUUUUCUUAGUCUUGGUAUUUCAAGAUUUCAUCAUCAGAUGGUGGUAUGCAAGUGAAACUUAGUAAGUGGAAAUUAUUUUCUAUACAUCUUUUUCACUUUGCCCUUGUUUAGAGAGAAGUAUGGAUGUUUGUGACUUCCUGCAGCUAAGAUGUUUUCAUAUAUGCCAGCAAACCUGCCAGCCUGGCUUGCAUAUUUGCUAGACAAACACACUUGAGUUCAAAAGCAAACACCAAACAUUAGCAAUGCCACCAGCUUGCUCCCUCUGUGUUCCUUUUUAGUCCUUCUACUUCCCAUUUUUUAUUCCUUGAUAGCCUUUUCUUCUUCUCAACUCACUGGAGUUGUAUUAAUGCCUGGCUUCAGGUUUGGAGGGUGAAAGACUCCAUCAAGCAUCUGAGUCAUGAAGCACAUCUUCAGACUUCCUUUAACAUUUCCAGACUUGCUUUUGCAGGAGGUCAGGGUUACCUGCUGAGGAAUGGACUGUGAGCUUCGGACUUCUCCUGAGCGGAGAUGGGGCUGCAUGUCUUAUAGAAAUGGAAAAAUUGGAGGAUUUCAGUCACAAAUUAAUGCUUAUUUCUUAGUCCUUCUAUACCUGUAUUUAUGUGGGUUUUUUUGGUUUGGUUUGUUUUUUUGUUUUUUUUUUUUUUUUUUUUUUUUUUUUAAGAAAGCCAUCCAGACUAUAGUCAGAUACCUAAUUAUCGUAUUUAUUUAAAAUUAUCGAGUAAUGAUUUUGGCUUUUUUUUUCAUUUAUUCACUCACCAAUUUCCUUUCAUUUAAAAAUUAUGAGUCUUCAACAUGGGCUAAAACUUACUGGAUUUUCACUUCAACAAAAGACAGUACAUGAACCUUCCUUCUAAGAAAUAAACCACUAAAACCUCUGUAUAUGUGGCCUUGUCUGAACUAUUAUGUUGGGGGAUUACUGGAGCUUGCACAAAUACCUGGGAACAACAAUCAUCAUCGUACAUGCAUCAGUCAACAUGAAUUGGAAAUAGUAUUUCUUGCUGGCUCUACUGAAAACAGAGACUCAAAACUGUUCAAUUUUUGAUAUAUUUAUAGGCAGUGGUAAGAUACACUGCAAGGGGAAAUUCAUGUUGGUUGAUAACACCAGGACUGAUGAGAUUGUGCUCCUAUUUCCUAUUUAUAAAAACAUGGGUACUUACACUGUGAUAGUGCUUAGUUGAUAAUUUAAAAUCUGAUGCUCUUUUAACUUCAUUUACCUCUCUUAAGGCCUUUAGAUUUGGAGAUUAAGUCAGUUGAGCUGUGUCCUGACACCCUGAUACAAAGACAGCAAUCAGGGUGUCUGGAGAGGCUGUAGGGUUAGGAUCAUGCAGUUGUGUGUAUACUCUUGCAGCUGUGCAGGUUUUUUGGUGGUGUUUGAGAAUGCUGUAUGCUCUUGUAACAAAUAUGGAACUUUGGGCUAGGAAGUUAGCUGAGGUAGGUGGAAAAGCCCUUGGGAGGGAGGGAAAAGAUGGAUGGGAGAGCUCCCCCUGUUCUGCUGAGGUGCAAGAGCAAUAGCUGGGUUUGAAUUACAGCACUGCAGUUUUGUUAAAUUUCUCAUUUACAGAGGAAAAACAUUGUGUCUGUACAUGCAGCACUGAAAUUAAUAUGCCUAGAUUAACAGUUUUCAUUUUUUAAAAUUCCACCAUUCACUGAUAUUUUUAUUAAUAGACAAAGCCUAAUUAAACCAGUCCCAGUCAGCACUGACAGGAAUUGCAUGGCUCCAGGAUUUUCAAAGGUGGCUGGAGACAAAAACAGGGCAGGACUUUCUCAGUGAUCUCUCCAAAAGUAUUAAGAAGAUGAAAAUACAGGAAAAUACAUACAGGAAGUGAGUUGCUGGCCUAAGGGGCAGCAUGACAUAUUUUGUGUAGCAUCAAACCAAAUCCCAGAGUAUGAGAGGACUUGCAACAGAUGCAAUUUAUUUAUUAGUGUUAGUGGAAAAUCAGUUUUCUGAGUUUCUUGACUUUAUCCAUGGUCUGAAGAUACUUGCAACUGAAGAAGUGGUCAAGGGAGUCAUACUAGUACAGAUGCUUAAAUGUGAAAUUAAUUAAUUAGGUACUCUGAUGAGCAAAUAUAAAUAUAUAAAGAAAAAAUUGUUAAUUGUGCAUAGGCUGUGAGAAGACUUAGUAAUAACUGAGAAAUUGGAAAUGAUCAUUAGCGGAAAGAUAUUUGACAGUGUUUUUACAGAAAUAUGGUUGAAGGAUUCACAUGAUUGAAGCACAGAAAUGACUAGGUAACAUGCCGGGAAGAAAGUGAUAUUUGAUUUUGGAAUGAAGAGAACAGGUUUUACAGUUCUUGUGAACUGAUAUUUUAGCCAGAAAGGAAUAAACAGAGGGUAUCUGAUGUGGACCACCAAAUGAGAAUAUAAUGCCUUUUUGCCUCCUAACAGAUAAAGGUAAAGGAUGCGUGCUGCUUCAGAGGAUUUCAUCCUAGGGAAUUUACUUUACCAGUUUGAUAGUAGCAAAACAUUCUGUGUAUUUUUAAGGGGAAAAAAAGGCAGCUGGGCCAGUGCCUGUGUCUGACACAAUAUUUAAUAAGCAGUUUGGUGCAAUUCUCCUUUAGGCCUCUUUUUAUUUAAAAUGAGCUGUUACCUGGGCAUCUGUUAUUCAUAAAUGCAGCAUAGUACCUAAGAAAGAAGAAAUUUCUCAGUGCUGAAAAUUGGAAAGAAGCAGGCUUUACAAAAUAUAACUGUAGCAGAGAAUCAUGCUGAAAACAUAUGUGGAGAACGUGAAACUUCCUGUCAGAUUGUAAAUUACUUAGGUGCCAGAAAUAAAGAUUUUUGUGAAAUCAGAA